ACUGAAGGGAAAGCACCUUCGAUAAACUUGUCUGGAGUGAACCAGUCUGAACCCCAAGCGGCCCCCAGCCGCGGUGUCAGAGGUCUCUCAUCUCCCACAAACAGGACUGUAUUGAGAUAGAAUGAAAAAUCUUACAAAAACUGAAAGUGAAAUGCGGAAGGCAGAUUGAGCAAUCCAUGGAAGGCUAGAGCCAGAGAACCUACUUCAGGGUAGCAAAAGAUGCAGAAGAGAGAAAGUCAGGAAAGUGCUCCUUGGGGGAGCCCAGCCCUGCCAUGCUCUGAGGGCAGCCUUCUGAGACACACGGAUGACAGGAAAUGACCCACCCCUGUGGUCACUUACUCCAAAGGCCUAGACCUUCAAAGUACUCCUCGUGGAAUGGAUGAGUCUGCAAAGACCCUGCCACCACCACCGCGCCUCUGUGUUUGCCCCGAGAAAGGAGAAGAUAUGAAAGUGGGAUGUGUUCCCAUCACUCCGCAGAAGGAGGAGGGUGCCUGGGUUGGGAUCUGCAGGGAUGGAAGGCUGAUGGCUGUUACCCUCCUGCUGGCCCUGUUGUCCAGCAGUUUCACAGCGAUGUCUUUGUACCAGUUGGCUGCCCUGCAAGCAGACCUGAUGAGCCUGCGCGUGGAGCUGCAGAGCUACCGAGGUUCAGCAACACCCGCCACUCCGGGGGCUCCAGGGUUGACCGCGGGAGUCAAACUCCUGACAACCGCAGCUCCUCGACCCCACAACUCAAGCCGCGGCCACAGGAACAGACGCGCUUUCCAGGGACCGGGGGAAACAGAACAAGAUGUAGACCUCUCAGCUCCUCCGGCACCAUGCCUGCCUGGAUGCCGCCAUUCUCAAAAUGAUGAUAAUGGAUUGAACCUCAGAACCAGAACUUACACAUUUGUUCCAUGGCUUCUCAGCUUUAAAAGAGGAAAUGCCUUGGAGGAGAAAGAGAACAAAAUAGUGGUGAGGCAAACAGGGUAUUUCUUCAUCUACAGCCAGGUUCUAUACACGGACCCCAUAUUUGCCAUGGGUCAUGUCAUCCAGAGGAAGAAAGUGCACGUCUUUGGGGACGAGCUGAGCCUGGUGACCCUGUUCCGAUGUAUUCAGAAUAUGCCCAAAACACUGCCCAACAAUUCCUGCUACUCAGCUGGCAUCGCGAGGCUGGAAGAAGGAGAUGAGAUUCAGCUUGCAAUACCUCGGGAAAAUGCCCAGAUUUCACGGAACGGAGACGACACCUUCUUUGGUGCCCUAAAACUGCUGUGACCCACUUGCUGGAGUGUGUGACCCCCUUCCCUCCUCUUCUCUGUACCUCUGAGGGAGAAACAGAUGACUGGAGAUACCAAAAGAGGGGGAAAGUGGUCACUGAAGGUUUUCCCGUGAACUCUUGAAUCUGGUCCAAAGCAGGAAAUAUAACAGACAGCCACAACCCAAGUGUGUCCUGUGAGUUGUGAGAAAGGGAGCCCGCCAGAAAGACAGGACCAUGAAGGCUGUUUUCUCCAGUCCUAUGCCAACACGCACCGCAACCUCGCUUUUGCCUUGGGAGACACACGUUCGGAGUGCAGGGAGAUUUCCUUGUUUUGUGAUUCGCCACGAGAGGAGGGUCCACAUCUGCAGGUCACUGAAGCAUUCACGCCAAGUCUCAGGAUUUACCUUCCUUUUUCAUGCUAAGUACACGCUCCUCUUUUUUCAGGUAAUACUAUGGAAUAUUAAGGAAAGGUUUUUUUGUUUGUUUGUUUGUUUUUAAAUCUAGGAGUUUUAAACUGGCAAUAGACAAAAAUACUGAUAAAUUCAAGUGAAAAAUAAACUUAAUUAAAAAGGUUUAAGUGUUAAAUAAUUGGAUAAAAGAGCUGACUGUUGAGGUUUUCUUGAUUUAGGUCAAGCUGGCAAUUGUUUCUGAUAUCAACGUAUUUUUCACAGAAGGAAAGAAUUCACUCAUUUUGGAUCAUAGGUGUGUUUUGUGAUAACUUUCAGUUGCUUUUUAAAAUGGUAUUGUAGAUACAUCUGACCUGCACAGAGAUCACUAAUGCGAAGCUGUAGUCCCACUCACAAAAGCCCUGCUUUGAGGGUGUGUUUGUGGCAAGGCAGAGAUUUCCUCCAUGGUCAGCGUGUGGCUGCUGCUGCUGUUUCAGAUCAGGUGAUAGAUUCCAGAAGGAAACAUCUGCCCUAUUUGCUCCAUAACAGUUGAGGUUUAACAAGCUUCACAGCAUUUGAUGUCAAAAUGAGGCAUGCAUGUGCUCCCCAGGAGGUUCCUGUCUCAGAAGUGGUAGGGUUGGGGGAAACCACUGCCUCAGAGGAGUGCCUACUGAUCUCCCUAGCAUUGCUGCUAUGGUCCAUUGCCAAAUAAAAGCACUCUGCCUUCUGACCAUUGCCAACAC